AUGUCCGGUGGAACAAACACCAACAAUUUUCAAGAGAUGGCCAAGGGACUUAUCAAGUUUGCGGUACAAUCGUUGUCAAAUACUCGCAGUGCGCAACAAACAUCAGUGCAGAGAGUUGGCGCAGGAAAUAUUGCCAGUAUGCCGUUCUCAAACAGAGCAGGGCUUCUCAAGCUCUUCUUCGUUUGUGGCAGUUCACUUUGGCUCGGAGGCUUGAUUGCACACAAGGGCGCUUCUUAUCUUGAGGAAAACGAAAUCUUCGUCCCAGCUGAAGAUGACGAUGAUGAUUGA